CUUUGCUCCUAGCGAUAAUCCCCUUAUCACGAUAUAGUCCCGACUGCGCCGGAGCUGUCUUGUCAAGCUGCAUCGGCUUAAAGCAGCACGCGAAGCGAAAUAAUUGCAGUGGCUCAUAAACACAAAACAUUAUGUGGUUUUUUUUCGCGUUUAUAGCCUCUUCUCUAUCCAAACCAAUUUGGGGUCAACGAACCAUCAUAUCACCGAUCUCAUAUUCCUACAUUCAACUGCUACGAAAGCUUGCUGGCUUUCGUUCGAGAAGCGUAUGGUGCACAGUGUUCCUCUCAUAACAUUUUGUGUUGUCUCGGUUGGCGUCGUCGGCGCAGCAGCCCAAAAUGGGGGCCUUCUUCCCGGACCCGCGCACGCAGCAGCAUGUCCCUAUAUGCAAUGCCAUUGAGGCCGGGGACUUCAGGCAGGCGUUGAAGCUUGUAGAGAAACGCUUAGCUAAGACCAGUGACACGUACUUGGUGGCUUUGAGGUGCUUUAUACAAUCACAGCACGAUCUGGCUGUUCACAGAAACACAGCAUACAUUCGCCUUGCAACCUUGAGCCAACCAGGUUGCAAGGAGAUCAUCUCAGAUAUUGAUGAGCUGAAUAUUUAUGAAGAAGCUGCCGCAGCCAUGUUUCCUAACCAAGAAGAAAAGAAGGCAGCUGCUUUCACUUCGAAGAUGCGUCUCGCAGCUGUGAGGGCAAACCCGAAGAAAGAGAAACUCGCCCAAGAUUGCUUCCAUGUUUGUGUCAAGCGUUCUGAUUGGGAUUACGCACAACAGAUUGCCACUGUCCUUGAGAAGAACUUCCCGGGAAACCAUGAGUAUCCUUUUUGGAAACUCACUGCUAUCCUUACCUUCACUGAAACCCGUGAAUGUGAUCCACAGAAGAGACAUAUUCUGCUGACCGUGGCAAGCCGCAUCAUGCAGACAUUUGCAGAUGCCACCAUCGAAGCAGCUGGGAAAUCCCCUCUCCCGGUUAGGUCUCUGCAAACCCCACAGGAGCUUUUGCUAUUCCACAGAAUAUUGCAGGCCACCGGCCAGACUGCAGCUCGUUUGAAGGCUUAUAAAGACCCAUAUAUUGGAGUCUCUUCAAAGAUUGCCAAAGGAGAAUGGGUUUUCAAAAGGGAUCAUGUUCUUCUAUUGGAGGAUGAAGGAGAAUGGCAGGAACUGGUUGAUGUCUGUAACGAUCUAUUGGAGGGAGCACAGUCAACGACUACGGGAAAAAUGAUUGAUGCUAGAGGCGCUGAUUGGAAAGUGUGGGAGGCAUUUAUCACUGCGGCGAUUGCCCUCCAAACCAAAGAGUCUCACGACAAAGUUCGUGAUCAACUCAAAGCGCAUCUAGCUCCUACUUCGGGCCUCAACAAAACAUACAAGCGAAACGCUUCAUUAGCGAAUCUAUCUUUCUGCUUCGAAUUGCAGAAAGACGGCGAAAAUCGUACCUUUGUGAUCCCGUCAGGAUCUCGUUUCCCUGGAAUUGACCCUAGACAAGCCGCUCUUAUGACGCACCUAUCCCAAUAUGGACAUACAGCUUCAGCAUUUGGCGAUGUGAAACGCUAUGUCGAGACGUUUUCACAGGGAGAGAUCGCGGAGUUAUUUGGCAAGGGCAUUCCUAUUCUGGGCCUUCGCUUUCCCUGGGCUUGGGUGGAUGAAGUAGAAGAUGUGGAAAAGCCCGAUAUUGCACCACGAGAAGAGUUAUCGGAUGUUGGGCUGCGUACGUCCCAUGUUACAAUGCAGAAGUUGGAAAUUUUCUACCACAAUUGCAACCUUCCUCCUAUCCCAAAUGGGGCCGACUACGAGUCUAUCGCGUCUACUGUCGAGUCUAAUGAUGAGUACACUACUUGCACUUGGUGCGGAAACAAGCGUUAUGUGUGGUGCGAGCGAUGCCAGAAAGCAAACGUCAUGAGGCUCGUCAGAGAUUAUUCCACCGCCAUGAAGGGUUUCAAUAUCGGAGGACCAUGGGUUGAAGGACGUCCCAUUGGGAUACCUAAGCAUUUGAAGCUACUUCCAACUGAUACCCACCCCCUUGAUGACAUGGCUAUUAUGGCUGCAAUUAGCCUUAUCAAGUUAACAGCAACCCCGUAUCCUCGAUUCUGGGCCAAACCACAUGACUUUGAAAUGAGGCAUGGCCAUCAGCGUCUCAUUCAAGCGGCGGCCUUACUCGAGUUUGCUCACUCCAAAUCAGCUGCGAAUACUCAAAUCCUACUGCUGCUGGUCAAACUGUACUCCAUGAUGGGUGCAGGCUCUCUUGCUUUGAGGGCUUACAACAAGUUGAACAUUAAGCAGAUUCAAGGCGAUACGCUUGGAUACAUCAUCUUUGACAGAAUUUCUUCUCUUCAUCCACACCCAGUUCAAGAUGAGAUCAACGGCACUGCUCAGACUCUCGAUCCAGCGGCUAAUAUCGCCAGCGUUCAGCGCAUGUACGGAAAUGUCCGCGGCCAGAUCAACAACAACUGCAAGAGAUCAUUUGAAGCUGGAAGCUACGAUUCAGUUUGCCAACUCGUGAAUGCCUCUGACAAGUUGUCCCGCAGCAUCGGAACUGCGAUAACCGUCAUUGAGCUGCGCAAGAUAGUGCGUAUGACAGACCAAAAUGCGGUUUUUACUAAGCAGAGCCAGGGAUAUGAUUUGCUUCCAUCUAACCCAAUAGCCAACCAGUUUGCCAAUAACUUGGAUUACAAGUGCUACCCCGAUUUCGAGACCUCUAGUUGCCCCCCAGUUGAAAUGUGGCUACGCUUAGGGCCAGCACCAAGUGAUUUCCGUGCCCGUAGUGCUUUGCUGGUGGAUGAGCUCUGGAUGCUUUUCCGCAACCAAACUGAUGGCAAAUCAAAAACCAACUCUGCUCUCAAAUCUCUCGAGAGAUCGCUCUCCGUUAUGGAAAGCCUCAAGGUGAGAGUUGAUAUGACUGGACAUGAAAUAUGCCAGCAUGCCGUCGCGGUUGCCCUCACCCAUUUCAUCGUCACCACCUGCCUCGAGAACCCAAAGCACGACGUGACCCGCAACAGGAGCGUACGCCAUCCUGUUACAAACAUCACCAAAUUCAUGGGGAAUCUCAAGAAUGUCUGCAAAAUCGACCUCGGUGCCAUAAGAUACUAUCCCAGCUUCAUCGGGACAUUGCACCCGCUGUAUCUCGCGCACGAGACGACAUCGCUGAUCAUCGCGGCGGCUAAGUUCGUCAACAGCAAGUCGGUCGAGACUCAUCCCAAGACCUGCGAGGUAAUGGAUGGCCUGGCUGUCCAUGCUAGGGAGGUCCAGCAAUUGGUGGUCGACACCGCUGAACAGGUCAAGGUGAAAAUGAAUGGCGGAGGCUGGAUCGACAGGGUCAUGACUUGGUUGUGGGAGGAACCAGUAGGUGACCCAAAUGUUGCGAUUAUGGACUGGUGGCACCCCAAGUUUGCCCAUACACCAGGACGUUGGGUUGCGCAAGAGCUCGGCCAGGAGUUUUGUGAGUGGUGGGUCGGAGAGUUGGUCGACAGCUGGAAGGAGUCGGUCAUCGGACUGGCUGCUCUUCGGGUCGACGAGAUUAAGAAGUGAGAGAUUCUGUUUGAGCGAAGUCAUGAGCAUGGUUAUGGCGCGGUGCAUAGCGAACUGAGGAAAACGCAUGGCUAGCAGAUGGGACGCGUUUGAGAAUGUAUGUCUAGUUCUGAUGCACAGAUUUCACACCACUCCACGGAUAGUGUAUAUCGGCGCCUGAAAGUAACAGACAUUCAAUUAAAUUAACGUGA